ACCGGGUUCGGACGCACGCGAUAGACUUUAUUUUAAGUUAGGAAAAGUGAAUAACUACAGUGAAAUAUUAUUUGGAUAGCUUCCAACUUGUCAGAAGGCAGUACCAUGUGCCGAGUCAUCGUCGUUAUCAUUCAAUUCUUCCGAGGGAUAGUCGACCAUGUCCUGGAGUUCAUAUUUGGCCUCUACUGGGACCGACAGAGGGAGCCAGUGCCAGACCUGGGCAGAGACCAUGCCUGUCUGACUGAAAGUGCUGUAUCCUUGGCGAGGAGGAUAAAGAACGGUGAACUGAAGUCUGAAGACCUCGUACGAGCUGCAAUUGAGAGGAUAAAUCAGGUGAAUCCGAUCUUGAACGCGGUAGUAGGCGAGAGGUACGAAGAUGCGCUGGCUGAGGCGAGAGAAGUGGACCAACGCAUCGCCAUGGGCAUCACCGAUGACUUCUUCGAAAAGCCAUUCUUGGGCGUGCCCUUCACAACGAAGGAGUCUUCGGCAAUCAAGGGCCUGCCGUUAACCUACGGCCUAUGGAGCAGACGGAACCAGCACGCUUCCCAAGACUGCGAAGCGGUGAUCAGGAUGAGGGCUGCGGGAGCCAUCCCUUUGGCCGUCACCAACUUGCCCGAGCUGCUUAUUUGGAACGAAACACGGAACCCCGUGUACGGGACGACGAAUAACCCCCACCACACCGGCCGCUCGCCUGGCGGGUCCAGCGGUGCUGAAGCGGCGCUCAUGGCUUCCUACGCCACACCCAUCAGCUUGAGUUCCGAUGUGGCUGGCUCAACGAGGAUACCAGCAUUUAACUGCGGUUUGUUUGGCUACCACCCCACAGGAGAAUCUACCAAUCUAAGAGGAUUGUUCGACAGAACCGGAUACGAGCCCACGAUGUUUUGCCUCGGUUUCAUCUCGAAGCACGUGGAGGACCUGGCGCCUUUGACGAGGAUCGUGGCUGGGGACAAGCAGAAGAUUCUGAACCUUGACCGACAAACUAAUUUGAAGGAUGUAAAGAUAUUCUACACCGAAUCCUUCGGGGACUGGUGGAUGAGUCCCAUAAGAUCCGACUUGAGAAAUAGCAUGAAUGACGUUAUUUUGAACAUGGAGAAGAAAUGGCCAACUCAAAACAGCCCCAAGCCGUUCUACCACGAGGGCUUCAAUUACGCUACCAAACUUUGGCAAUACUGGAUGGAGAAGGAGCCAGAAGACUACUUCAGCCUUUACAACAAUGGAAACGGCAAACCGUUUAUUCUUUUUGAGUUAAUCAAAAAGAUCACUGGAUUCAGCAGACACACACUGAAUCUGAUAAUUCGUUUGGCGACUCUUCGCUUCUUGCCUUCCGUCAACUCAGAGUGGGCCGAGAAACUGACUAGAGAUUUGAAGAAACACGUCUGCGAUACUCUAGGAGACAACGGUGUACUGCUGCUGCCCAGUGGGCCAAUUCCUUGCCCGUACCACUACAUACCCUACACAGGCCCAUACAACUUCGGCUACUGGGCUAUUGUCAACGUGCUCAAGUGUCCAGCGGUACAGGUACCCCUGGGCACGAACAGCAAAGGUCUCCCUCUAGGAAUCCAGGUGAUGGCCGCGCCAGGCAACGAUGCGUUAUGCCUGGCCGUGGCCAAGUAUUUGGAGCAGGAGUAUGGCGGAGCCAUCAUGGCGUGUAAGGCCAAGGGUAGACUGUAGACUGACAUGAAGAGCAAAACGCACUGAGGCGGUAAGCGAGCUGCGACUUGAGGAAGCAACUGCACAAUCAGUAAAAAAAAUCCCAUCUUCGUUCCCACUACUGCACUCCUGUGCUGUGGAUGGUGUCGUCUGUUCAUGGGUAUAUGCAGUAGGUAUGCACUGCCACGCCUCUGCGUCCCGUUUCUGUGGCAUGAUGCAAAUUAAAAUUGCCGCCUGUGUGUUUUGUGCUUAACACUUACUUAGCCCA